GCCUCUACACCUUCCUCAUCCGAAAGCCAAAGCGAAAGUCACAAGUCAAGAGAGAGUACUAACUUCCUGAUAUCUGCUGUUUUCUUUCGUUCAAAGCCUUUAGUUUCGUCCAUCAUGGAGGAUGAGAGGAACACCCAGUACCACCAGGGUGGUGAGGCCCAGGAGAAGGCCGCGGAUCAGGUGGAGGUGAAGGACAGGGGACUCUUCGACACCCUUCUUGGCAGGAAGAAGCCCGAGGAUCAGGAGAAGAAGCAGGAGGAGCUGGUGACCGGCAUGGAGAAGGUCACGGUGGCCGAGCCUGAGAAGCCCGAGGUCAAGAAGGAGGAGCACGAGGCCGGCGAGAAGAAGGAGAGCCUCCUCGCCAAGCUGCACCGCACCAGCUCCAGCUCCAGCUCGUCGAGCGACGAGGAAGAGGAGGUGAUCGAUGAGAACGGUGAGGUGGUCAAGAGGAAGAAGAAGGGCCUCAAGGAGAAGAUCCAGGAGAGGCUGCCCGGUCACAAGGACCAUGACCAGGAGGGCGAGCACAAGACGACCGUACCGGCCCCGGCGCCCGCGCCCGUAGAGACUCACGUUUACAAGGAGGACGAUGACCACAAGGCGUACAAACCAGCCCCGGCGCCCGCGCCCGCGGCAACGCACGUUCACCAGCAUGACAACGCCGUCGUCGUCCAGAAGAUCGAGGAUGACGUCAAGACAGAAGAGGAAAAGAAAGGUCUCUUGGACAAGAUCAAGGAGAGGCUGCCCGGCGGCCACAAGAAGCCGGAAGAUGCUGCGGCACCGGCUGCUCAUGCGCCGUCACCGCACACCGAGGACGUGAGCAGCCCGGAUGGCAAGGAGAAGAAGGGUUUACUGGGCAAGAUCAUGGACAAGAUACCUGGCUACAACAAGGGUGCACCAGAGGAAGAUCACAAGGCCGCCGCUGCAGGCGAGCAUAAGACCAGCUCUUAAGAUCGCAGCGUGUCCUGACCGGGCCGGGCCUUGAUUCUAAGUGUUUGGUGGUUCUGCUUUUGCUCUAGUAUGUUUGUGUCAAGAUGGAUUGCGCUGUCAAGGUCUGUGUGUGAAGCCCCGUCAGUACUGCUGUACGUGUUUGCAUCGAUGCGAGCUUUAGUUUGGUUCUGAGUCAGGUUCUGGAUAUUGGGGUUUGUUUAAUUAUGAGCAGUUGCGUAUUGUUAUUCGGCUUGGCUACCUGCGCAUUAUGCCUUUAUAAUAAUAUUGGUUUCUGCCCAGCA